AUGACAGAUUUCAUAAUUUCUUGGAUUCGAGAUCAAACCGGAAAAAAGGUGGCAAAUGUAAGCGAUAGUGCGAAAGGAUGUACAUUCGAAUUUAAUACUUAUCAAGCGGAACAUCAAGGUGAAAUUUAUGAAUUAAUUGAUACAGUUGGUUUAAAUGAAGGUGCAAAUGGAACUGUAACAGCAAAACAAGCAAUGAAAAUGUUAAUUAAAUUUAUUAGAGGAAAUAAACGUGGUUUUAAUUGUGUUCUUUUUGUUAUGCCAAAAGGACGAUUAACCGAUUCAUUUGAAAAAAAUCAUAUGUUAUUUUCCAAAACUUUAUUAAAUAAUCAAACACCAUCAAUUCUUUUUGUUGGUCAUUGUGAAGCUGAUGAACCAAUGAAUUCUUGGAUUUUAAAUAAUGAAAACAAAGCCGCUCUUCAGCCAUAUCAUUUUUCGGAUAUUGUUUGUGGUACAGCUCAAGAUGGUGGUCGAUUCGGUCAAUUGCUUCAACCAUUGCGAGAAGAAACUAAUGAAAAUCUAUGGAAAUCGAUUUGUCAGCAUAUGUUGGACAAUCCACGUCCAUUAGAACCUAAUAUGCAUUUGUUCAAACGUGUAUGGAAUUCUUUGUGUGAUCUUUUAGGUAUUAAUUGGAAGUUUUUGACUGAUCAAUUUUCAUCAUUUAUUCAAUAUCUUAAAUCAUUAGGUGUCGAUGAUGAAACACUGCAACAAAUCAAUGCAGAACUUCAUUAG